UUGUAACGCCGAUUAAAGUGGAAGCUGAAAUAGGUGCUUCGUUUAAUAUUACGUGUGUCGUUAAUAAAGAGCACGGGGAUAGUAGAGAUAUUUAUUUUCAAGAGAAAUAUAGUUCGCAGAAAUCCAAAAAUCCAGUAAUUAUAGUGGAUAAACAAACUGCGGUGCUGGCAUUCCAUAAUGCAAGUGAACAUGUGGAAGUAUAUAUGUGCAUGGUUGGGAAGAAUGCCAUUGGAACAAGUGCAGUUUACAUAGGUAAACGUCCUCAGAAUGUGACAAAUUUCACAUGCAGAAAUUACGAUUACAUUAACAUCACAUGCAGUUUUAACAAACCACAGAACAAUAUUUUAACCACAUAUAAUUUAAGUUACAUAUUAGAUAAUAUGCGUUCAACAAAAUAUCCAAUGGAGUCCUGUGAACCUAAAGAGAGUUCAGUUUAUUGUUGCUAUAGAUCUAAAAUAGGUCUGAAAAGAGAAUUUUAUAAUUUUACGCUGGAGUCGAAUAAUUACUUGGGUACAAAUAUUCAACAUUUUUCAUUGGAUUUAUAUAAGAAUGUUGUGCCUGAAAAAUUAUACGUUGAAGCUAAAAAUAUUACGGACAAAAGUGCAACGCUAGUAUGGAAUCAACAUCAAACAGAGUUCUAUAAAGAAAUGGGUCUUGAAUAUGAAAUUUUAUUACGAUACGAAGGACGUCAUUGGCAUCAGUACAAAAUUGUUCAAUGGAAUAGAACAUUAAAUGUUAAUGUACAAUUAGACCUGCCGUUUGCUUAUUAUAAAUAUGAUUUUAAAGUACAUGUUAGGGUAGCUAAAAGGCCUAAUGACGACGUAAUUUCUUCAAUUUGUUUUGAUGAUGAUAUAUUCAAUGCAAAUAAUAUGUGGAGCAAAUCAUUUGAAAAUAAAUUUGAAACAAAAUCAAGAACACCGGAUUUCGCACCAAAGACCGCAAUAGGAAGUUAUUAUAUUGGUCAAAGUACAACUCAAUUAUAUUGGCACGAUAUGGAAAAAUAUGAAAAAAAUGGUGCCACAUUUCAUUAUAUCGUUCGAGAAAUUGAUCAAUAUUCCAGUAAUAAAUUUGUGAAUCAAUGGACCACUAAUAGUUCUGAAAUAAUUUUGAACACAACUGAUAGCCGUACUUAUACUGUUUCAGCCUGGAAUGAAAUUGGUGAAUCUAAUGAUAAAUCAAUUAUUCGUGUUUUUGAAGCAGAAACGUUACGAAACCCUAGUAAUGUUGCUUCAGUUUAUCAUAACGAUUCUUAUACGUUAAAAUGGAUCACGCCCAACGAAUUACCAACCAACUAUACAGUUUAUUGGUGUUUAUCCGCCAGAGAACAACAAGACAAAUGCAAUGGCACCAUAAAUUUUGUAAAAGUAAAUAAUAAUGAGACUAACUACACAACGCCACCUCAAAAAGUCUCUCUUAAUUUAGCUGUAUCAGCUAAUUACCCCAAUUAUAGUAGUGGAAUGAUAUGGUCUAAAUGUGCAGCAGAUAUAUUAAGUGAUCUCACAGAACUAAGUGCAGAAGUACGGGAGAAAUCUUCCAAUAAUAUACAUAUACAAUGGAGUUUGGAUAAUGUCUGUAUUUCAAUCAUUAAAGGCAUUAAUAUUACCUACUGCCCAUUAUCAAGUGAUAAUAUCAUGGGAAAAUGUAACAAUAUAACGUUAUCUGGACAAGUGAUACAUUACUCUUAUAACAUAACUAAUCUGAAAUCGUACACAAAUUAUACAAUCUCAAUACGAAUGUAUUCAAAAACAAAAAGAGGACCCAUAACUACACUAACGGAGCGUACAAAUGAAUCUGCUCCAAGUGCUCCGAGAGACUUAAGAAUUUAUAAUGAUUCAGUAACAAGUAAAUCAAUCAAUAUCUCAUGGCUACCACCAUUGGAAUUUAAUGGACGACGUAUUGAUCACUACACUAUUAAUUUCAAGAAAAUAAAUUCUACAAUAGACGAACACAGAGAUAUUCUCUAUGAAAAUGUAAAUACAACUAAUAACGAUCAUGAUCGUCGUAUCAAUUUUACUUUAGGAAGCCUGAAUAGUUAUACUGAAUAUGAAGCUAAUGUAACAGCAUACACAGUUAAUAAUUCUGUAGCAAGUAAUAGUGUGAGAUUCAAAACUCUAAUUGGGGUGCCUGACAAACCAGAGGAUGUAAAUAUUACUAUCGGGGACACUACUAGUGAAAUUAUAUGGAGUCCACCAAAAUUACCAUCCGGGCGUGUAGAAUUCUAUGUCGUUAGUAUGAUAACGCAAUAUAACAAUUCUUACGAAGAAAACGAAGCGUUCUACUACGUUAACGGCAAUAGGUGCGAAUUUCAUACUCCACCUUGUACUAAAACGUGGAAAAUGAAAGUACGUGCAGUGAAUAUUGCUGCAAAGGAUGAAAUCGAUCGUACAACUUUUUCAAUCAUAGGAAAUGCGAGACAUAGUAGAGAAACAAAUCCAGCAAUCAAAAGCAAUGUAUUCGGUAAUAUACAAACAUUUGACUCCAUCACAAAUAAACCAGAAAAGUACAGCACACCACAAAUUGGAAAACCAUCUACCAAUUAUGAAUGCUUAAAUUCAAAAAAUAUAGAUAGAAGAUAUAAAAAUUACGUAGAUACAUUAAAUGCAUUUGACAAAAUGGAUGGCACCGAAGAAUACAUUUUCAUACGCUCAAUUUGGGUAGAUGGUAAAAUGUUGCACGCAAAUGGUUGUACACCUCCAUUUAAAAUUUUUUAUAUUUUCAUAUCAGUUAUUUUUGGUUUAUGCUUCAUAUUCUCUUUCUUCAUGGUAUAUAAGAAGUGCUUAAAAUGGAAUAAUAUAAAACCAAUUUUACCACAAGGAUUAGAAGAUCAUAUACCCAAUAGCAAUUUUGGCUGUGAUAAAGGUGUAAUAAGUUACGAUAGUAAAAUAGAUAAAAGUAAUCGACAAAUAUCUGGCAGUAAUGAUUGUUUAGUGCCAAAGUUUCACAAAGAAAAUCGUUUCCUACUCGAUAGACAGUUUUCCGAUUCACUAGCGUCAUUAACACCAAACAGUAGCAAAACAUCUAAUUACGAACAGUUAGAAACACCUUCAUUGCCUUCAAAAAGUAACAAUAUAAAUUCAUGUAGCUCAGAUUCAGUUGACAUAAAUGAUUUUAGUAAAAUAACAUACCAAUGCCAGUCAUCUGGCAAUUCCUCUAUGGAAUCAAGCGAAUAUCAACAAAUGCAGGACAAUUGGCAAGUAGAUCAUGAGUCUCCUAAUGAUAUUAAACAGCAAACACUAGAUACAUUUAAUGAGCCCAGCUUAAUACCAAAUGGUUAUGUACGACCUAAUACAAUUCUCAUGUUUCAAGAUCCAGCGAAACAAUUACAACUACAAAAUCAAAUAUCACAACAGUUACCAACUGAUGGUUAUACAACAUUGGAAGCGCUUGAAAAGCACACACCAGAUAAAUUAAAUGAGGAUAGUAUGACAACAAACCCAUCCCCAUAUGUGCAAUUAACGGCUUUACAACAAGAUGUAGAAACAACAAAUGAAGCGAAUAAAAUGGCAGAUAUUCAAUAUAAUAAUAACAACAACUACAAUUAUAGUAGUAACCAUAAUGCAAUUGGUGGAUAUGUUACUCCCACACAACUCGCGAAUAUGGCCAAAUUACAAACUAAGCCUUUAGGGUAAAAUAAGCAUAAAUGUAACGAAUAGGUAUACGAGUACCCACUUUUUCCACAGUUUAUUUUGUUAAGUGCAUUUCCUUUUCAAUUUAGUAUGUUCCUAUCCAGUUCCUUUUUAAAUAUUUAUGUAUCAAGAACCAUGUUAUUUUCAAUCUAUUAAGCACUAUUUAUUAUGGGUGCUUUAACAUCAAUCUCUCCAAUUUUAGGCCUUAAAGAUAAUGUUAUGUAUUUCUAUAUUUAUCAUUUAGCUUAUUAUAAAUUAAAAUAUGUUAAGUAACUUACGAAUAUACUCGUAUUGUUAUAAAGAAAUUAGUUGCUAUAGAACAAGCCAUUAAUUAUAUUUUUUUUUAAUUUUG